GACGCGGAGGUGGCGGCGGCCACUGAGGCCGAUGCAGAGCCUCGCGGGGGCUCCGAGGGGAACCCAGACUAUCCCAUGGCCUCGCUGUACGUGGGUGACCUGCAUCCCGAGGUGACAGAAGCAAUGCUGUAUGAGAAGUUCAGCCCCGCCGGGCCCAUCCUAUCCAUCCGCAUCUGCAGGGACAAGAUCACCCGCCGCUCCCUAGGCUAUGCCUAUGUCAACUACCAGCAACCGGUGGACGCCAAGCGGGCCCUGGAGACCCUCAACUUCGAUAUCAUCAAGGGCAGGCCGGUGCGUAUCAUGUGGUCCCAGCGAGACCCCUCGCUCCGCAAGAGCGGGGUAGGCAACGUCUUCAUCAAGAACCUGGGCAAGACCAUCGACAACAAGGCUCUUUACAAUAUCUUCUCAGCUUUUGGCAACAUCCUCUCCUGUAAAGUGGCCUGUGAUGAAAAGGGGCCCAAGGGCUAUGGGUUCGUGCACUUCCAGAAGCAGGAGUCCGCCGAGCGGGCCAUUGACGCGAUGAAUGGCAUGUUCCUCAACUACCGCAAAAUUUUCGUGGGGAGAUUCAAGUCGCAUAAAGAACGGGAGGCUGAAAGGGGAGCCUGGGCCAGGCAGUCAACCAGUGCCAACGUCAAGGAUUUCGAGGAAGACACCGAUGAUGGGGCCACCUUGCGAUGAAGGCGUCCAGGAGAGCCAGCCAGCUGAGCCAGAGCUUGACUCUCACCCGGUUUACAACCCCUCCCCGCCCCACUUGGUUUCUUCAAACCCACCAGCAGUGUAUUCUAUUGGGAGUUCACCUCUCGGUCUCUUCGCUCUCUCUGUCUCUGCCCCACAUCACUUUCUCUCUCCCCUCUUGUUGUUCACUGCCUCGACCUCCUCCUUGCCCCCCUCCCCGCCUCUCCUGUCUCUCCUUCACCUCUUGUUUCACUGCCUCCU